AUGUCAACAGACGUUUCAACCACUAAUGUAGAGAUUGAACACCUUGAACCACAGGAGCCCAAAGAGGCUGAAAAAAAAGGGACUACAAGUGGUGUAAAGUCAUUUCUGGCAGGAGGGUUUGGAGGAGUAGCGUGUGUGCUUGUUGGGCAUCCAUUCGAUUUGGUCAAGGUACGAUUACAAACCGCAUCUCCGGGGACUUAUAAUGGAAUGGUUGAUGUCGUAAAAAAAACGAUCGCAAAUGAUGGACUACGUGGUUUAUAUCGUGGCAUGGGACCUCCGUUAGCCGGUAUAACCCCGAUCUUUGCGAUAAGCUUUUGGUCUUAUAAUCUUAGUAAAAAUAUCGUAUACGCUUUUACACCAAAUCGUAAAUCACAAGAACUAAGUUUGCUUGAAUAUACAAUUGCCGGUGGUUUAUCCGCCGGUCCAACCACAUUAGUAAUGGCACCAGUUGAAAGGGUUAAAGUGUUAUUACAAAUUCAGGGUCAAGGUGGUGAAAUUAAAUACAAAGGUCCUCUCGAUGUAAUACGUCAUCUUUAUAAGGAAGGUGGUUUAAGUAGUAUUUUUCGUGGAACUGGUGCUACGUUGCUCCGAGAUGGUCCAGGAUCUGCUGCCUAUUUUGGAGCAUAUGAACUUACAAAGAAACUUUUAACUACUGAUACUACUUUAAAUCCUGCUGCGGUCUUAUUUGCUG